AGCGCUUCCGCUGCCACUGCAGAUAAGGCCCUGAUAAGCUAAACCUUCUAUCCAUAUACUAAUCCUCAACCCACAAAAGCGAGCAGAAUGUCUUGUUCUAUAUGCCGAUGGUGAAACUGGAAUAAGAGGGAUUUAGGCUUCGACAGCAGGAAUAUGGACAUCAGCUCCGGUCAAAGAAGUAGUAACAUCACGUGGUUCUUCAGGGACCGAGGUUUCGACGAGAAAAGUAUUCAUGAAAUGUUCAGAAAGUGCAAGCGCCUGGAGGGUGCACAAAGUGAUAGAGCCUCUGAAAAUUGGGCUUACUUGGGAAGCAUUGGCAUUCCAGAAAGAAAGCUCCCAUAUGUUGUUUUGAAGUGUCCCAAAAUCCUUACACUUGGUCUGAACGAGAAGCUUGUUCCGAUGGUUGAGUGCCUCAAUACACUCGGAACAAAACCAAAAGAAGUUGCUUCUGCUAUAGCCAAAUUUCCUCACAUACUCUCGCAUAGCGUGGAAGAGAAACUUUGUCCACUUUUGGCAUUUCUUCAGACUCUUGGGGUCCCUGAAAAGCAACUCGGCAAACUAAUCUUGCUCAACCCAAGACUUAUCAGCUAUAGCAUUGAAUCUAAGCUGUCAGAAAUUGUCAACUUCCUUGUCAAUCUUGGCCUCACAAUAGAUGGGAUGGUUGGUAAAGUUAUAGUGAAACACCCAUUUAUAAUGGGUUACAGUGUUGACAAAAGGCUACGUCCUACAUCAGAGUUUUUGAGAUCGGUUGGCGUGACAGAACUGGAUCUUCAAACUGUAGUAAUGAACUUCCCCGAAAUUCUUUGUAGGGAUGUGAACAAGAUCCUGAGACCCAACUUCGCUUAUCUAAGGAAGUGUGGGUUUAAAGAUGGAAAGAUAGCAGCUUUAGUGACCGGUUACCCCCCUAUUUUGUUCAAGAGCAUCCAGAAUUCUUUAGAACCGAGGAUCAGGUUUCUUGUGGAGGUGAUGGGAAGACACAUUGAUGAAGUUGCUGAUUGUCCUGACUUUUUUCGACAUGGUUUGAGGAAGACAAUAGAGGUGCGGUACAAACUUUUGAAACAGAGGAAUAUUGAUUGUAGCUUGAGUGAAAUGCUAGACUCUGAUCAAAAGAAGUUCCUGAUGAAGUUUGGUUAGAUUGAAGGAUUUGCUUGACAUGACAGUGUUCCCGUCUUAUGUUCCUUUUUUAUGUAUUUAGCUCGAGUAAAUCUUUUGUUUUAGCAUUUCUCCUCGACAUUAGACUGAUUCAAGCUGUAUAUUGUCCCGGGAAGAUCAAUUGAGAAAAGCUUUAUGAAUUCAAUAUCUUCUGUCGAAAAUUUUGGAUAA